CAAUGCAGUCUACCCAAAAUGCAAAGAUAUUCAGUACGUCUAUUUCUCCUUUCGGGAUUGUUAUUUGUAUGCUCCUGGGCAUAUACUAUAACACCAAUCGUCCAGAAUGGUAAGCAGUUGGAAUUGUAAUGAAAUGGGAUUGAUUAUCGAAUUGUGUUUGUUAGGCUUGCCCACCAACACUGAUGUAACGACUGCUCCGUUCGUGAAAAUCGGCAAAGGAUUUUACUAUUUUGAGAAUACGACGACAAAGAACUGGUUCGAUGCCUUUACCAGUUGCCGCCAGAUGAAUGCCGAUCUGAUUAGCUUCGAGACCCAAAGCGAAUGGUCUCUGAUCAUGGACUAUCGAAGGGCUGUAAAGGACACCAAUAGAUAUUGGACCUCGGGAACUGAUCUGGGCGCGGAAGGAUCACAUGUGUGGUUCGCAACUGGCAAGCCAAUAAAUUUAAAUCUGUGGACCAUCAAUAAUCCGGACAAUUACAAGAACAAUGAACACUGCGAUGAGCUGGGCUGGCGUCCAUCUAAGACCGCAGAAGACGGAAUGAACGACUGUAGUUGUUCGGCCAAGUUGCGAUAUAUAUGCGAGGCACCUGAACCACAAACAGCUUCGUUCAUAAUUUGGUAGAAAGAGACAGAGUGU